AUGCGACAGGUGGUGGGCAGCAAGUACGUGCGUGUGUACAGCAGCAGAGAGGACGAGCCUGCUUACUUGCUCCCAACACAGGCCACAGAGCCGCCUUGUAAUUUUCCUUCCUUUGCCUGUGCUGCUGCUGCUGGUGUUCUUCCCAGGUGGUGGGCAGCAAGUGGAUUUAGACGCGCCAGAUCUCACGGCCUUCCCCCUGCCCCCCCUCGCGCCCUUCUGGGACGUGCUGCUCUCCCCCGGGGAUCUGCUCUACAUCCCGCCGCUCCAAUCUCAUGUGGAUCUAGACUCUCCAGUCCAGACCCCACGGCCUUCCCUCUCGUCCCCCUGGCGCCCUUCUGGGACGUGCUGCUCUCCCCCGGGGAUCUGCUCUACAUCCCGCCACUCCCUCUCGUGGUUGACUUAGACGCACCAGAUCUCACAGCCUUCCCCCUGGCCCCCCUGGCGCCCUUCUGGGACGUGCUGCUCUCCCCCGGGGACCUGCUCUACAUCCCGCCGCGCUACUGGCACUACGUCAAGGCCACCCGCCCCAGCUGCUCCGUCUCCUUCUGGUGGAAACCCACUGCUCAAAGCGGCUCAAAGUAG